UCGACGGUUGCAGCGCCUCCGUGGACAUGUGCGACGGGCUGGGUUUCGUGCCUGGGCUCAAGCGUGUCAGCACCCCGGACCUGCUACACCUCACGCUUCCACGGCGAACCCCCUCGGCCGGCUGCCCCAUGGUUCGCAGCCUUGUUCCUGGCUGAUCACAGCAAACCCAAAGCUUACCUGCUCGUCCAUGCCGGCCCGUGGGCCAUGCGUGGGGCGGGAGACGUGCUGCCCGUUGAGUGCACACGCCCGCCGCCAACGUCCUGCUCGUGGUUAUAAGUCCAUUGGCCGCCUCCUCCUGUUUCCCUCUUCGUUUUCUGUGGAUCAUCAGCUAGCAGAGUCCCUCUCUCCAUCUCUUCUAUACUUAAUACUUGCUCAAAGACACUCCUUAACAAUACUGCCCUGUCCCUGGUUGGACCCGUAUCUAAUUCUUCCUCUUCUUCCUCUCUCAAAGCUAGACUUUGCUGGCCACUCUUCCAUCGCUACAUAUCCAUCAGAAAACAACCUAACGAAUCCACGACGACGAACACUAUAAUUCUCCCGUCCACCAACAGAGCCACCUCUUCAGUCAUGUCCAGCAUACGAUCCCUCUUCAUCGGCCUCUGUGCCCUCGCCCCGCUGGCAACCGCUGCCCCUGCUCGCAUCUACGCACGUGAGUCUGCCGCUGCAUCAUCUGCUGCUCCCGCCGCCUCUGCGUCUGCUGCUCCUGCCGCUGCGCCUGCCGCCGCCGCCGCUGGCGGUCUCUCUGAUGUCGACAUCCUUCAAUUUGCCCUCACUGCCGAGCAUCUCGAAUCCGAGUUCUACAAGCAGGGCUUUGCCAAGUUCCCUGCCUCGGAUUUCCAGGCUCUUGGCCUCACGGAUGCUCAGAUCAAGUCUUUGAUGACUGUAGGCCAAACCGAGGCUACUCACGUCACUACUCUCCAGGGCGCCAUCGCCGGUGCUGGAGCGAAGCCCGUUGAGCCCUGCCAGUACAACUUCGAUGCUUCGCUCACCGACGCAAAGACCAUGGUCGCCACUGCCCGUGUUCUUGAGGCCGUUGGUGUCUCUGCCUACCUGGGUGCUGCUCCUCUCGUCAACUCGUCCGAUGUCCUCACUGCCGCCGCCACCAUCGUCACCGUGGAGGCACGUCACCAGGCUUUUAUCCGUAUCGCCUCUGCUGCUGAGCCUGUCCCCGCCGCUUUCGAUACCCCUCUUCAACCCCGUGCUGUCUUCACACUGGCCGCUCAAUUCAUCAAGUCUUGCCCCGAGGGAUCCAACCUCAACAUUCAAGCUUUCCCUGCCAUCUCCCUCCAAAACGCCGCUGAAGCCAAGGUUGGCGCCAACCUCAAAUUGGCCGAUGCUGGUAGCCCUGCCGGUGCGCAGUUCUGCGCCUUUGUUGCUCCUGGCGGCAACCAGUUCACCCAGCUCACCGAUGGCAGCUGCCAGGUUCCUCAAAAUCUCAGCGGCGAGGUCUACAUGAUGAUUACCAAGUCUCAGGCCGUCACCGAUGGUGAAAUCCUCGCCGGUCCCUCCGUCCUCCAGCCCUCGUAG